AAAUACCGAAUGGAGAAUAAUCUCUGAUCUCGAAACAUGUAUUAGGACACGUUAAAUGGGAAUAUCUCUACGGCUCGAGCUACAAUAUUGAUUUUGCAUUUUCAGUUUAGGAAACCGGCUUCCGAGUCGCACUCCAAUGCUGAAAUCGCUGAUUCAGGGGUUGCCCGUGCACUAACCGCCGUUGCUGUAACAUUUGGUCGAGCUUCAAUAUGAAUCUGGCCUUCCUAUGCUGUAACUUUCUAGAACCUCCCUUGGUAACCGGAUAGUCGCGUGACCACCAUAAUGUCGAUGCAGGAAUCUGGAGACAGUACGCCCGCUCAGGGAACUGCCACUGAAACGUCACCUCUAUUGCCAAGAAAUGAGGUGAACGGUACUAGCAGUGACAACCGAAGAUGGGACCUUUGCAAGUUGUUUCUCGUAGCUGCUGUGUACUUUCUACACCGAGGGAUGUACGAUAGAUUCGUCUCGGUUUCCUUCAUCCUCUCAAAGGAUAUAAAUGAGCACUGGUACCUCUGGAAAUACAGGCAAACGCUUCGUGUCUUAUUGAGUUUACUUACCAUUGGAUGGUGGAGCCACCUGGCUGACGUAUGGGGGAGGAAACCAAUAAUGCUUAUUUCUCUGACUGGGACGACGUUAUCGUACCUCCUCUUCAUCGCACUUCCACAAGCAAAACUUCCACCGGACCCUCGCGUUUAUGUCGGAAUCGUUGCUUUGGACUGUCUAUUUGGGGGCAAUAUCGCCUUCAGUGGCCUUCUUUAUACUUAUAUCGGUGACUGCACCUCACCCAAUUCAAGGUUCAUGCUAUUCAGCGCUCUCAAGGGCCUGAGUCUCUUUUUUUAUGCCGCGGUCGCAGGGUUUGUCAUAGUCUUGCUGCCGGCAGGCCAGAUAUUCUUCAUCCUGUGGAUGAUGAUAUCUAGCGUUGUUGCCUUGCUAAAUAUUGUUCUGAUCAUUUGGCUCCUCCCCGAAACGUUACAAAGUCCAGAUCAACAGUUACCUAUCCUCAAGGUUAUGAUCUCUCCCGUGGUGGUAUUCUUACAGCAACCAUGGUUGACUCUAACCCUUUUUGCGUACGCUAUGACCCCCAACUUCGAAAUCAUCAAAAUGCGGUUCGGAAUAUUAUGUUCGGAAGGUCCUUUCUUCUACUGGUGGUAUUCCAUAUUCGCAUUCGUCGCCUCCGUGUUUGCGUUACUCUUUCUUUAUCCUGCCAUCCUUAUUCUGUAUCAACGAAAACCACGACCCCUUCAGGCUGUUCUCAGGUUUAACCGGCGCCUAGCUUACACUUGUCUCUCCCUCGACGUCUUCUCCACUGUCACAGUCUUCUCUAUUGCAAAUUCAAAUAGAAUUGCCCACCUCGUUUUCGCGGCUAUCUCGCCUUUCACAGUCGCUAUCACUCCCGCGAUAUAUUCAUUGGUCCCUUCCUACAGCGCAGUUCUCUUCGGCUCCUUCUCCGUCAUAGAAGCGCUAGGAGGCAUGUUCUCAAAUAUGUUCGUCCAAAGUUUUUUGACUGGGGCAACCCCGACAUCACUAAUUAUAGUCGUCUCUACGGAGCCUUGGCAAUAUGCCUCAUUUUGACAGUCCUGCUGCUUUUUGUUGAAUCUACAGGUGGUAGCGUCAAUGAAGACGACAGAUCUACAGUACUAUCUACUCAUGAUGAUGAAGAAAGUGUGGAUGUUCAUAGUUGAGUCCAUAAUGUAAAUGUAACGUAUCCAUCCGUGUAAAUGAGCUUUUGCUAUUCGAGCAUACACUGUUAGC